CCCAAAACAAGGGUGAAAUUAUCACAAAUCUUAUGGCAAAUGGUACAAGAAACCAUAAUAAUGUCGUAUUUACAUUUCCAAAUGGCACUGCCAUUGGAGCAUGGGUUGGUCAGAUAAAUGUGAACAUACCAUGGGCAAUGAAUCAACCAGGCAUUCCAAACGUCUGCACUUCAGUCACCAGGAUUAACCGGAUUAUUGAAUGUGAUGAAUGUGACACAUGCACACCCUCAACCGCAUUUGAUAUUGAGAGAAACACUGUUUUAAUACAAUGGGCGGGUGAUGUACGUGAUUGGGAAAAUGUUCUAGCUAAAUAUAAUCGACUUUCUACUAUUGGUGUUAUAAUAGCACCGUCUAAAAAUAAUUUUACUUUUGAAGCAAAAAAAGAAGCCAAAGCAUCUGGCUACAAUAUUAUCCUGACGGAUAAGUUUCAUGUUGGUCCAGAUGUAGAAUUUACUUUGAUUCAAGAUUUAGAAUUAGGCAACUCGCAAAAUGAGUUACUUCGACAAGUAUUUCAACUGAACAAAAGCACUUCAGCUUCAGCUCAACGAAAUAAAUCAGCUCGACAAAGUGAAAGUGAAUUAGCUCAACAAAAUGAUUUAGCCCAAGAGCAGAAAAGCACUUUAUUAGGAUUACUUGAGAAAGGAGGGAAGAGGGGAGAGCAACAAGAACGAAAAAGAGGUGUAGGUUAUUACAAAGACAUAAUAUAUUCAUUAUUGGAUUUUUGCUAA